CCACGUCGCAACACUCUCUACAAACGCUCAACGUUAAGCCACGUCAUCACCAAAAUCCUUCUCGCCGCCCUUGCUCCCAAACAUCAUUCUCCACGGCACGAAAAAUAAUACCCGAUUAUCAAGCAAUAUAAAUACACAAGAACCCCAGACAAUCAAAUCUGAGGCUCCUCUCACAAAUAUCCAUUUUCGUCUAAGGGAAAAAGAAGUCCUACGUGGCGUUUUCAUUUCCCAUUUCCCUUUCUCCUUGGUCCCUAUUGUUCUGUUCUGGUCCUUUCUCAACUAUGGCAACCGGGCUGUUGAGGAGGUCUCUGUCUAGGGUUCCAUCGUCCUCGGCUUCUAAGCUGGCCCUAAUCCGGGCCCACGCGUCGGAGGCUGAAGCCCAGCAGGUCGAUGCCAAGGCCCGCGGCACCUCCACGAUGAAGACGUUCCAAAUCUACCGUUGGAACCCGGACAGCCCGUCGAAGCCGGAGCUGAAGAACUACGAGAUCAACCUCAAGGAGUGUGGGCCCAUGGUCCUAGACGCCCUCAUCAAGAUCAAGAACGAGAUCGACCCGUCGCUCACGUUCCGCAGGUCGUGCCGGGAGGGGAUCUGUGGUUCUUGCGCGAUGAACAUCGACGGUUGCAACGGCCUCGCGUGCCUGACGAAGAUCCCUUCGUCUAACGCAUCGACGAUCACACCGCUGCCGCAUAUGUUCGUGAUAAAGGAUUUGGUGGUAGAUAUGACUAAUUUCUAUAACCAGUACAAGAGCAUCGAACCGUGGCUGAAGAGGAAGAACCCACCGUCGGUGCCAGGGAAGGAGAUCCUUCAGAGCAAGAAGGACCGCUCCAAGCUUGAUGGGAUGUAUGAGUGUAUACUGUACCUUUUUUUUUUUUUUAAUUUAAGAACUGUUAGGUGGAUAAGUGACAGUCGCGACGAGUACACUAAGGAGAGAUUGGAGGCCAUUAAUGAUGAAUUCAAGCUCUAUCGCUGCCACACCAUAUUGAAUUGUGCUCGUGCUUGCCCAAAGGGUUUGAACCCCGGAAAGCAAAUCCAACAUAUCAAGUCACUUCAGCCCAAAGCUUGA